AUGAAGCGGGCGGGAGCGGAGCCCGGGAACCUGGCUGGGGGGCGGGGGGGGAACCCGGGAAUCUGCGUGAGCGCCGCGGGCACCGGGGCCGGGCAGUGGGCACCGGGGCCGGGCAGUGGGCACCGGGGCCGGGCAGUGGGCACCGGGGCCGGGCAGUGGGCACCGGGGCCGGGCAGUGGGCACCGGGCGGUGCUCCGCGGGUCCUGGGUGAUGGUACGUGCGUCCCGGAUGGUGGUCCGUGCAUCCUGGGUGAUGGUCCUCCCCGGCAGCACCACGGUGCUGGUGGAGCUGACACCCGACAUCCACAUCUGCGGCAUCUGCAAGCAGCAGUUCAACAACCUGGACGCGUUCGUGGGGCACAAGCAGAGCGGCUGCCAGCUCACCAGUGCCACGGCCGGUGCCACCAGCACCGUCCAGUUCGUGUCCGAGGAGACCGUGCCAAGCACACAGGCUCAGAGCACGAGCAGGACCAUCGCCUCCGAGACACAGACCAUCACAGUUUCUGCCCCAGAGUUUGUGUUUGAGCAUGGCUACCAGACCUACCUGCCCAGCGAGAGCACAGAGCCUCCAGCUGCUGCUGUUGUCUCUACACCACCAAAAGCAAGGUCCAAGAAAUCCUCCUCCUCAGUGCCACUGAAGAAACUCAGCUGCCUGUACCCAGGUUGCCAGUUCAAGACUUCCUAUGGGAUGAAGGAUUUGGAACGUCACCGGCGAACACACACAGGAGACAAGCCCCACAAGUGCGAGGUGUGCAGCAAAUGCUUCAGCCGCAAGGACAAGCUGAAGAUGCACAUGCGCUCGCACACGGGAGUGAAGCCCUACAAGUGCAAGCACUGCGAGUACGCAGCGGCCGACAGCAGCAGCCUCAACAAACACCAACGCAUCCACUCCAACGAGCGCCCCUUCAAGUGCCAGAUCUGCCCCUACGCCAGCCGCAACUCCAGCCAGCUCACCGUGCACCUGCGCUCGCACACAGGGGAUGCCCCUUUCCAGUGCCAGAUGUGCCCCGCCAAGUUCAAGAUCAACUCGGACCUGAAGCGGCACCUGCGGGUGCACUCUGGGGAGAAGCCCUACAAGUGCGAGUUCUGCGAGGUGCGCUGCGCCAUGAAGGGCAACCUCAAAUCCCACGUGCGCAUCAAGCACAGCAUGGAGAACACCCUCAAGUGCCCCGAGUGCGACUUCCAGUGCGGCAACAAGACCAGCCUGAGGCACCACAUCCGCGGGCACCAGCCCGAGCAGCCCGUCAAGUGCUCCGAGUGCAGCUACUCGUGCUCCAGCAAGGCGGCCCUCAAGGUGCACGAGCGCAUCCACGGCAAGGAGAGGCCCUUCAAGUGCGAGUUCUGCAGCUUCGACACCAAGCAGCGCAGCAACCUCACCACCCACGUCCGCAAGGCCCACGGGGACAAGGCCAAGGGCAAGAGGCACUCGCUGGACAGCAGGGAAGGAGAGAGGCCCAAGCAGGGCGGCUCCAGGCAAGUGGCCAAGCUGGACGCCAAGAAGGCCUUCAAGUGUGACCUGUGCGAGGCGUCCUUCGUGCGGGAGGAUUCGCUGCGCAGCCACAAGAAGCAGCACAGCCUGUACGGCGGCUCCAAGAGCAGCGAGCUGGCGGUGCUGCAGCUGCAGAUGGAUGCCGGCCGCCAGCCCGGCGCCCCCAUCACCGUCAGCCACCUCCAGGUGCCGCUUCAGGCCGCUCAGGUGUCCCCCUACAACGAGGGCAGGGUCAAGAUCAUCGUGGGCCACCAGGUGCCUCAGGCCAACAGCCUCGUCCAGGCCGCCUCUGUGAACGUGGUGCCGCCUGCGCUGCUGGGCACGGGCCAGGAGGAGGUGCUGGCCGGUGGCCGCCUGCAGCUGCUGGGCCAGGUGAGCGUGCUGGCCCCGGCCCCGGCCGCGGUGGCCGCGGGGGACGCGGGGCCGGGGGCAGAGCCGGCCGUGCUGCUGAGCACGCAGGAGCAGGGGGAGGGCAGCGCCCUGCACCAGGCCCUGCUCCCCACGGCUGCCCCCGGCCCCCACGAGCCCCCUGCCAGCCAGGCCUUCAUCGCCAGCUCCGCCAUCAGCUGCUCCGACCUGGAGGGGCUCAACGCCCUCAUCCAGGAGGGAGCCACCGAGGUGACCGUGGUCAGUGACGGGGGGCAGAGCAUCACCGUGUCCACGGCUGCUCCUCCUCCCCCCAUCUUCUCGUCCUCCUCCCACGCUGAGGGAUCCAAGCAGAGCUACUCCAUCAUCCAGAGCGGGGCUCACACGGCCCUGCUGUGUCCUGCAGACUCCAUCCCUGACUAGCACCAAGGCUGCUCUGGACCCUGCUCUCUCCUGGGGCAGUGCUGAGCCUGCCAGCAAUGCACAGGAACAACUGAAUGCAGGAUUUGUCCUCCAGAGACAAACACCUUCCACCUCCACACUGUAUUGGUACGCUGAAGGAGG